AUGGAUGAAGCAACCUUGAUGAAGAAUGUAAUUUGUUUACCAACAUUGAGAGACAGCGAAGACAUUUUCACGUUUAAGCAGCCUAAAAAGAAAUUGGUUAAUAACAUUGUUCAACUUGAAUUCAUCAUUCCGCUAGUAAGCUGUAUAGCGUUACAAGAAUACUUAAUAAUAAAUAUCCCAACUCCAAAGAUGCUAAAUGCAGUGUUACCGAAAGAUGCUUUAAUAAUCAAGAUAAUCGUUGACGACAAAAAUAAACCACUGAGUAGUGAAGAAAUAUUGAGAACAAGAAACAGAAUUAUUCGACGCCAACAAGAAUUAUUAUUUUCUGAUGUAAUUGAAAAACUUGAACAAAAUAAAAGCUUACCAAAGAAAUGUUGGAUGACCCCGUUAAAUCCGUUUAUUGAUGAUCGCGAUAAUUUAUUGAGAAUUGGGGGUAGGCUUACAAAAGCAAAAUUCAUAUCGGAAAAUCAACGGCACCCAAUUAUAUUGCAAAAUUGUCAUAUUAUUGAAAUAAUUAUUCGAGAUAUUCAUUUAAAUUUUGGCCAUGCUGGCAAUCAAAUAUUAGCGGUUGAACGUCUUGUUACACUAUUACCGAACCGUCAGUCACAAGCAGAUAAUGAAAUAGAAAUGCAAUCCUUAUUACCACUGCCAGACGAUCAACAGAAGAAUGAUGAUGAAGAAAGCAAAGAUAAUGCUCCAAUAGCAACAAGAACACGAGCUUGCCUCUCGUCGACUUGUGCCAUGAAAGUGACACCGUUACCAGCAGGGAUUCAUGUUCGCAGUUUACGACCAGUGUUCUCGAUGAUUACUGAAAUGCCAUUUAUUGUUGUUACUCCAUUAAACGUUUCGUUUGACGAAGAAAUUGUGAGAGAGUCAAUUGAUACAUUAAGACGAACUUGUGCAGAAAUAGAACCCAAAGAAGAAUUAAAACAGUAUUGUCAGGAUGAGUUGAAGGAUAUUGAAGAAGAAGCAAGGAGUCGCCUUCAAUCAAUCGUUGACCAAUAUUCAUCAAAGAAGGAAAAGAGAGGUGUGUUUCAAAUGGUGGGACCAAUAGUUGCAAAAUCGCAGUGGGUGCGGAAGGCUUGGACAGCAGGGAAGUGGAUCGUUAAAUACUUAUGGGUCCUUACCAAGCGUAGUUAUUUAUGA